AUGACCCCCCGGCGUUGUCUUCGGCUAACGAGCAGGCGAAUCGCAAAUCUAUUCCCGCCGUUUGAUUUUCUUACCUUGCACUAUGCAUACUUUAUCUUUGUGUCUCUGCUCAGCAGUCUCAUCUUCUGGGGGGCUUCCAACCCAGCGCGGAGUGUCUCCUACACUGAUUCCCUGUUUAUGUGCGUGAGUGCUAUUACAGGUGCUGGAUUGAAUAGUGUCGAGGCCUCUACCUUGAGCACAUUCCAGCAGGCGGUGACAUUCGUGCUCUUGUUACUGGGGCACGCCAUUCUCAUCUCAAUCACAGUUCUCCAUGUUCGGAGGAGAGCUUUCCGCCGUAAAUUCAAAGGUAUCGCUAGAACGCUUGCGCAACAGUCUUCUGGGAAUAUAUCAGCUCCUCAGGACGGCACUUUGACUGAGGCGAAGCAUGAUUUGGAGCACAGCCCAACAAUUCGUACUGCUCCUGUGCAAGGAUCGAGUCGGUCCGAAAUCUCCCUUUUCCAAACAGCCAACGCCACACAGCAGGAUAGUAGUUAUGGUCAACAAUCGACAUCACCGAACGCUGCGGUUGACACGCCGUCAGACUUCAAGGGCCACAACGACGUGACCAGAAGCAGCUAUCCCUCCGUUAACAAAGCCUAUGUACUACCAUCAAUGGGUAUCUGGAAAGGAACACAAAAGUAUUUCGAAUCCAAGGGACUCAUCUCGCGGAACUCUCAGUUCCACGGGUUGACUUUGGAGGAGAGAGACCGACUCCAGGGAGUUGAGUACAAGGCGAUUUCCUUUCUGUCGGUAAUUGUUCCUCUGUACUGGCUAUCUUUUCUUGUUUUUGGCAUCGUGGGUAUGGGUACCUGGCUAUCAGUCAACAAACCAGAAGUCCCUCGGGCAAACGGACUAUCACCAUUCUGGACAGGAGCCUAUUUUGCUGUCUCUGCAUUCGUCAACAGUGGUAUGGGUAUUCUGGAUGCAAACAUGACGGCCUUGCAGACUGAUGCCUAUCCUCUUGUCACAAUGGGAUUGCUGAUUCUUGCCGGGAAUACUCUUUACCCAUGCUUCUUGCGGCUCAUAGUCUGGUCCAUGAGGAGAAUGAUACCCGACCAUGAGGCGGGGAAUACCUGGAGGAUUACCUUGGAUUUUAUCCUCGACCAUCCCCGCAGGCUGGUCACACCUGGUACCUGCUCCUAA